AUGUUAGAGGAGGGGUCGUUUCGUGGACGAACUGCAGAUUUUGUAUUUAUGUUUUUGUUUGGUGCUUUUAUUAUGACCGUAUCCUUUCUACCUUUAUGUAUGUAUACUGGAUAUCUAUGUGUUCUAAACACUAUUGAUCCAGUGUUAUAACUAAACAGUAUUGAUCUAAACUGUAUUGAUCCACUAUUGACCUUAUUUAUCCAGUGUUACUACAGGAGGAAACCUAAACUAAACUAACUUUAUUUAUACUGGAUAGCUCUAUCAGUUCUAAACUGUUCUUCCUAGACAUCUCUUAUUGAUCCAGUGUUACUACAGGAGGAAACCUAAACUAAACCAACUUUAUUUAUACUGGAUAACUUCUCCCUAGAGGUUCAGUAAAGGCCAGUGUUACUACAGAAAGAAAACUUCAUGUGCUUUGCUGAGUCAAGUUUUAGGACCUGUAGUACUGUAUAUUCUGAAAGAUCUGAUCAAUCAAUUUCCUUAACAGUUUUUAGUUAAUUUCAUUGGGUAUAAACAUAGUAUUUCUAGGCCAAGCCUUCACUAUAAUGUUGGUCUAUAUUUGGAGCAGACGGAAUCCAUAUAUAAGAAUGAACUUCUUUGGUUUGUUAAACUUUCAAGCACCAUAUUUACCCUGGGUUUUACUUGGCUUCUCUCUGAUGCUUGGCAAUGCUGUGGUGGUUGAUUUAAUGGGUAAAAAAAUCAAUACUUUAAGUUAGAGAUGGUAUUAAUGAGUGCGCUCUUGGUUAAAGUUGUUAAAGUGUGACCAACCCCAAAUACGAUUUUUUUUAAUACCUUAUUAUAGGAAAUUAACGAUGCACUUUAUUAACGCGGAUUUUAAAAAUUCGCGUUAAUUUAAUUAAUGUUAAUUUAUGUGAUAGUUAAUUUUAAGUAUGUAAUUUUCAUUUAUCGUUAGUUAAUUUGUUUUAUAUAACACUAACUCUUUUAAUAUCAAAAUACAGCAUAUUAACGUAAACUAAAAACAUCAGUGCUCCUCUUAACAUUAAACCUUUGUUGUUGUUGUGUCUAUAUUUUCCGAUUCGCGUUAAUUUAAUUAAUUUGUCAACCAUGGAGAUCAGAUUCGCGUUAAUAUAAUAUGCUUUAAAAGACCUAGAAGCAAUCCGCGUUAAUUUGAUGUCGCGUUAAUUUAUGUCGCGUUAAUAAAGUGCAUCGUUAAUUUCCUAUAAUAAGGUAAAUAUUUGGUUCAUUUGAAGAAGAAAUGUAAGGAAUGCUGGUCUUGGUAGUCAUCCAAAAUGGCCACUAUCCGGAAAUUUUCCCGGGCGAUGACUACUAAGACCAGCAUUCCUCGCGGGUAUCAAGCCUUGUGACGUCAUUAUGCAUAAGGUCUAUUAUACUAUAAUCUAUCACUGGGAAAAUAAUACAGUUUUGCUGAAUCAUGAGCCGUGACUUAUUUCAAUACCUCAGAACAAUCCCGCAUCUCGACCCAGCAAAGUAGGAUCAUGUACACAACUCCUGAUAUAUUGGCGACUGUACUGCUAGCAGACAUGACAAUUUAUUUUAUUUAGGUAUUGCAGUCGGCCAUGUUUACUAUUUCCUUGAAGAUGUAUUUCCAGGACAGCAUGGUGGCUUCAAAAUGUUAAAAACACCAUCCAUUUUGUAAGUUAGCAAUGGACCUUUCACCUUUUGACUAAAAUUUAGAUUUCAACAAGCUAGACAAAAAUUUUAUCACAGCUUGAAAGAGCAUCACAAAAUUAGUAAUAUUCCGAAGUUUCGUUGCGAAAUGUUGUAAAAUGCGGAUAAUAUAGCCUUGCGAAGUUUGCCGUUUUUCAGUCAUUUUGCAUUACAAACGGGAAAUUGAUAAUCAGAUGAUCAAACUGAUUAUCAAUUUCCCGUUUGUAAUACAAAAUGACUGAAAAUGGCAAACUUCGCAAGGCUAUAUUAUCCGCAUUUUACAACAUUUCGCAAUGAAACUUUGGAAUAUUACUAAUUUUGUGAUGCUGUUUCAAGCAUCACAAAAUGGGCAAAUAUCACUUCCAUUUUGACCAACUUUGACCAACGUUUGAAUUAUUGGGGGGGGGGGUGUUACACCCCCACACACCCCCUAUAGCGACGUCCCUGCUAACACUAGAUGUGCGCCUUGCCCAAUAAGCUCUCUUUGAUACAUCUCGUCUUAAAAUAUGCCACGAAUUACUCUGCUCUUCUUAACAGCUCAUUUGUCACUCUUCUCAAUGUCCAAAGAAUCCUCGUUAUUCUUCAUAUAAACCAGAACACGUUACUUUCUAGCUUAAAGAUUCAUUUAGUGUACCAAACUCUGCUUACCGUUAAUCUUUAUUCUUGUUUCAGAAAAACAAUAUUCGAUGCUCCAUCCGCAGAUCCAAAUUACCAACCAAUGCCCGAAGAUCGGCCUGGUGGAUUUGAUUGGGGCGCACGCGAGGAAAUCGAUCAGGACAAUGAGAGAUGA